ACCAAUCCAUAGUUCAAGCCCUCUCCCUGCCAUACAAGUCUAACCAAACCAAACAACUCCUACAAUGGAUCAAGCUAUCGGAGAGCUAGUCGAGCAUACCAGCCAAACACUCUCCACCCUCCCCCCCAAAACCCGCUUCCUAAUCAGCGUCUCCGGAAUCCCCGGCAGCGGGAAGACCACGCUCGCAAAAAAGGUCGCGGAGCGCCUAAACGCUGUAUCGAAAAUUGGAGACGUAGCAGCUAUGAUUCCAAUGGAUGGCUACCAUUUAACACGCGCUGCCCUCUCCGCAAUGCCCAACCCUAUCGAAGCACAUGCCCGCCGCGGCGCACCCUUCACUUUCGAUCCUGUAUCUUUAAAACGACUAAUCGAGCAGGUGAAAGCACCACUAGGGGAGGCAGAAAAGAUAAUAUACGCGCCGUCCUUCGAUCACGCUGUUAAAGACCCGGUAGAAGAUGACAUUAAGAUACUGAGUUCACAGCGGGUGCUUAUCUUUGAAGGGAAUUACUUAAGCAUGGGCACGGAGGUCUGGGGUGAUAUCGCGAGGCUUUUUGACGAAUUGUGGUUUGUGAAGGUGGACCGGGGAGUUGCGAGGGAGAGGUUGAUUGCUAGACACUUGAAGGCGGGGUUGGCGGAUACGCGGGAGGCGGCGGCGAAGCGGGCCGAUGAGAAUGAUUUGCCGAAUGGGGAUUAUCUCAUUAAGAACGGACUUAAGCCUCAUCGGGUUAUUCGGAGUGUUGAAGAUCAGGAGUAUGCUAGGGGUAAGUAGAUAGAUGGAUAGAGAUUACCGUCCUCACGCCAGCGGUAUAUACCAAGGGGGGAGUAUAAAACUUGAUACAAUUAUUUGUUUUCUAUUUUUCAGAACGAAUGGACAGAAAAGCUAUAUU